UCCUCUUUUACAUUUGGUAGUUAUGGUGGUCACGCGAGUCGUAUUUUUUCUUCUUGCCGAGGCGUUCAUGCCUCGUGCUGUAAUAAUUGCCGCUACUUUACUCGCAUUUGGCCUACUUCUCACUGGUGCCUAUAAUUUAUAAACAAAACCCCUGUUCUCGUCCCCCUGUCAUUACGGUCAUUCUAAUCAAGUUUUCUUAUUUCCCAUCCAUUGAGACUGAGAUGUACUCGGCUUCGACCGACGAAAUCAAUGUGCACAUUCAAUCACAUGCACCAAAGUACAUAACUCCUUGGCAUUCCUCCAGAGGUCAGGCCACUCUCAUCCAUCGCAUCAGCGAUAUGCACGAUGCACCUGUUGCCACGGAGGAGUGCAUGCCGCCCGGCCGUUUGAGAAUCUGAGUAACCCCUCAUGGCGACGGCGGCCGCGUGGUGUGAGGAAGGGGGGCCGAAGGCCUGUGUCGCACGUGAUGGACGAGAACGCGAUGCGCUAUGGGUCGUACCCGUGAUCAUGCAGGGUGAGGCCCUGGCACCUCGGGAGGGGCGGGGCGCAUUUGGGAGGGGCGUGAAAAGAGAGGGGGCGGGGGCGGCGGGGGUGGAGGGUGAAGGUAACCAAGGUCUAGCCAGGAGAGAGAGAGAGAGAGAGAGCGCGCGCGUGUAUAUAAGGAGGCGCGUACUCAACUCAGACAUCAGUGCCUUCCACUCGGCCUCUCCAUCCAUCCAUCCAGCUCAACCAUGGCACCCCUCAAGAUCAGCGCCGCCCUCCUGGCCUUGGCCGCCCUCGCCUCGGCCGCCCCCUCCGAUCCCUACCGCCCAGUAUACACGCCCUGCGCCCUACCACCCUCCGCCCCCGGUCUAUCUCCCUGAGCCCGUGUACAAGCCCGAACCCCUCUACAAGCCGAAGCCAGUGUAUCACCCCAAGCCCGUUUACAAACCCGAGCCUGUAUACAAACCCGUACCCGUGUACGAGCCCGAGCCCGUGUACAAGCCUGAGCCCGUGUACAAGCCAGAGCCCGUGUACAAGCCUGAGCCCGCAUACAAGCCCAAGCCCGUGUACAAGCCCGACCCCUACCACCCAAAGCCCGUCUACGAUGAGGAGCCCAAGCCCUACUCCUUCGACUACGGCGUGAAGGACCACUACUCCGGCGCCAACUUCGGCCACACCGAGAACUCCGACGGGAAGGCCGUGAAGGGCUCGUACACCGUGGCCCUCCCCGACGGCCGCAUCCAGACCGUCAACUACGUGGCCGACCACUACAACGGCUUCCAGGCUGAGGUCACCUACGAGGGCGAGCCCACAUACCCUGAGUACCACCCCGAGCCUGCCUACAAGCCCGCCCCCUACCAUCCCCCCACCCCUGCAUACAAGCCCAAGCCCGUGUACCACCCCGAGCCCGUGUACCACCCCGAGCCCGUGUACAAGCCCGCCCCCUACAAGCCAGCCCCCUACAAGCCCGCCCCUUACAAGCCCCCUACAUACCUCCCCGAACCCGCCUACCCCGCGUACCAUUAAUCAAUUCGUCAUCUAAAUUAAGCUUUACACAUUUUACCGUCGCGUAAAUUAUCGUUUCCCUUCGUGCGUACCCUCCUCCCUAAGAUUUUUUUUUCAAAUAACAGUUCGUCUGCUGCAAGUCAUGUACUUGUAAAUCCAUACUGAAAUGCAAACCGGUCAUAAACUCCAAUAUCAACCCCUUUGUAUUCUCCUAGUACCUACGGCGUUAAGUAAUACAUAACUAGUAUUUAGAAAGAGUUCUAAAUAUACCCUACGACUGCCCCCACCCCAACCCCCACGCCCCCACCCAAUCCCAAUCUCCAACCCACGGUAUUCUCAGGGACUUGCAAUUCGGUCCCAUACGAUCCUUACCUCUUUAAGUCCUUACCCUCCUAUCCAUCCACAUCAACCCACUGCCACUUUCGUCCCCCCUUCCUUCGUCCCAUCCUUCGCCCCAUCCUUCCACCUUCCCCCAUCCCCUGCUCCCUCCUGCAUCGGGCUGCCAUGGAUUCACCUGUAGUCAAAGUCCUUAGAUGUACCGUACAGGUGCGCCUUACGAGCGAUUAGAGUAUAUCAGAAAUGAUUAUAUAUAUAUUUUAUAUGAAGGUAUUUUAGUUAAUAAAGCAUAUGAGAAACGAAAAA